UCCUAUUAAAUCUCUCAUAUUAAAUAGAUUUUGGUGUAAUGUUUGGUGGCACUUCUGAUCAAAAUGAGUUAUGACGUAUUUUUUAGUAAUGAACAGUGUUUUCAUGUUUGGUUUACUUGCGUUAUUAAUAAUAAUAUUUUAUAUCCACUUUACACCCACUUACUUCCUAAAGUUACUUUACUCCACUUCAAUUUUCACCUCAACUUUUACCAGCUUCUUAUUUGCAUCCUCGUUGGUGUACAGCUAUUGCAGACAGCACGAAUUACAGCGAUCUGAUAUGAACUGGACUUUCAACCGCUUCCGAUUCCGAUCAAACGACGGCCGUUCAAAUGAAGAGUUAUCAGAACUUGAUAUCCAUCGUUAAAUCAAGCACCCACAAGUCCCAUUUGCUUCAAAUUCAAGCCCAUCUUACUCGCACUUCUCUUCUUCGAGAACCUAAACUAUCCCUGGCCUUCCUGUCCCGCAUAGCCCUCUCUCCUCUUCAAGACAUCCAAUAUGCUCGUCGAGUCUUCUCCCAAAUACGGGAACCGUCUGCUUUAGUCUGUAACACUAUGAUCAGAGCCUAUGCUCACAGCAAUUCGCCCAUGGAAGGUUUCUGCGUGUUCCAGAAAAUGGCGCGCCGAGGCUUGCGACCAGACCCCAUAACUCUCACCUUCGUUAUCAAAUGUUUCAUUAAGAUUCGUUGUUUAAGAGGUGGCGAACAGGCUCACGCGAAAAUUUUGAAUGGUGGGCACCAAUCAGAUAGCCUCUUACUGACCAAUUUGAUGGAUCUGUACUCGCUCUGCCGCAGGGAUGGUGAAGCCCACAAAGUGUUUGAUGAAAUGCCUCAUAAAGACACCGUUUCCUGGAACGUUUUAAUCUCUAGCUUCCUACGCAAUAAGAGGACGAGGGAUGUCCUGGGGGUGUUUGAUAGUAUGGUUCGAGAUGAGUUGGGAUGUAAACCGGAUGAUGUCACCUGCUUGUUUCUCCUUCAAGCCUGUGCUGAUUUGGGCGCACUGGAAUUCGGGGACAAGGUUCGAAAUUACAUGGAGGAAAAUGGAUACGGCGAUGCUAUCAAGUUGUGCAAUUCUCUGAUCUCGAUGUACUCCAGGUGUGGGUGCCUGGACCAGGCGUAUGAGGUAUUUAAUCGAAUGAGGGAGAAAAAUGUGGUCACUUGGAGCGCUAUGAUUUCUGGUCUUGCAAUGAAUGGCCAUGGAAGGGGGGCCUUGGAUGCAUUCAGGCAAAUGGGACAAGCAGGUGUUCCCCCAGACGACCAGACGUUUACUGGACUUCUUUCUGCUUGUAGUCAUUGCGGGUUGUUGGAUGAGGGCAUGCUCUUCUUUGAAUCAAUGACCAAACAGUAUGGGAUAAAGCCCAACAUUCACCAUUACGGAUGCAUUGUUGACCUAAUGGGUCGAGUGGGGAAGCUUGAUCAAGCGUACGAGUUGAUAAUGUCGAUGAAGGAGUUGAAGCCUGAUUCUGCUAUAUGGAGGACUCUGCUUGGAGCAUGUAGAAUCCACCACAAUGUUACACUGGGAGAAACGGUGGUGGGGCAUUUGGUUGAGCUCAAGGCUCAGGAAGCUGGGGAUUAUGUUCUUUUGCUAAAUAUCUAUUCUUCGGUUGGGGACUGGGAGAAGGUAAAGGACACAAGAAGGUUUAUGAAGGAAAGAGGGAUUCAAACAUCACUUGGGUGCAGUUCGAUCAUCGUGAAAGGCGUAGUCCAUGAAUUUUUGGUGGAUGAUGUUUCUCAUUCGAGGAAGGAAGAGAUCUACACGACCAUGGAUGAGAUAAAUAAGCAGUUGAAGAUUGCUGGUUAUGUUGCUGACAUAACUUCCGAACUGCACAAUUUGGACGAGGAAGAGAAGGGACAUGCACUCUCUUACCAUAGUGAGAAGCUAGCCAUGGCCUUUGGAAUCCUUGCAACUCCACCUGGAACAACAAUAAGGAUAGCCAAGAACUUGAGAACCUGUGUGGACUGCCAUGAAUUCGCAAAAGCUCUUUCCUGGGUUUAUAACCGAGAUGUAGUCAUUAGAGAUCGAAAUAGAUUUCAUCACUUUAGGGAGGGCCGAUGCUCCUGUGAUGAUUUCUGGUAAUGCAUCGGGGGAAAAAGAGGGAAUAACCCAAUAGAGAGACUAUGGUGGAUGGCAAUGAGCUUUGGAUCUUCGACCCAAUUGGGUAUCGGGUACUCAUAAUUUGGUUCUGCUGCCAUCUCUCAGUAGGCAAACGAUAGGGAAUCAUACAACAAAUGUAUCUGUUCCCA